AUGAUUCCGUCUAAUGCGCGUGCCAGAUCUCCACCAAUCAGGACCCGCCGCGUGUGGGUCGCAUCGUGCCUGGCUCUGGCGUGCGUCGCGUCGGGCGCAGCGUUUCUCUUCCGCUUCACCCACCCCGCGCGCGGGGAGUGGGUCGCGGCGGGGGACGGGAAUGGCUCCGACUGGCGAGGCGCGCAGGCGUGGAGGUGGUUGGGGGAAGGCUGGAAGGGAAUGAAGCAGCGGAUUCGUGACACGGCGUCGCCGCACGGGCUUCAAAAUUCGUCGGCUUCUGGGGAAGUCGUAUCUGUGGAGGUGGAUGGAUGGAUGGACAUGCGCGAGGCGGCGAGGCUGUGGCAGCAGCUAGUGGGGUGCGCGGAGUUCAGGCGCAAGCAUGCGCGCGACGACGCCCAUGGCCACGACGCGCAGGCGAAGCGAGGACCAGCAGCGUUCCCCCCCAAUCCCAGCCUUCAGGACGUGAACUCGCCCGCAUGUGCGUCGCUCAACCUCUCCCACGUGGUGGUACACGUGGAGCAGCCUGAUUGGCUGGAGCCCACUGGGCUGGAUGGCUUCCACGUGUGCACCAGAUGCAGCAUCACCUGCCAGCUCUCCUGGAACCCCUCUCAGCUACCAGUCAACCCCCACGCGCGUCUCUUCGUGCACUCCCCCGACGCCAUGCCCCUCACGCGCGCGCUCACCUCGCCACUACGUGUGCUGCUGCAGAUGGAGGCGGACGGGGCGCUGGCAGGAGCGCAGGGGGAGGGGCGAGUGGACGUGGGCGUGGGGUACGGGGCGGGCAGCGCGGUGCAGGUGACGUAUGUGGACGUGGAGCGCACCCUCAGGGCGGGCAGGCAGCACCUGCUGGCCGACAGGAAGCGCCAAGUGUGUGAGUGGGCGCGCGCACAUGAAUGUUCUUGCAGGCACGGCGCCUUGUGGUGUGAGCAGGGUGGUGCAUGGUGUGUGGACGUGCUGGUGCACCACGCCUCCUCCAACUGCGAGGUGCCGUGGCGCACACUGCUGCUGGAGUCGCUGCUGCCGCGCCUGCCCCACCACAGCUUUGGCGCCUGCAGCAACAACAUGGGCGGCACCAACCGCGAAGCAGCGCUCUACCCUGCAUGCUCGCAUGCGUAUUUGGGUGAUCAGCUGCAGGAGGUGGCGCACUGUGUGAAGUCGCACUACAAGUUUGACCUCGCUAUUGAGAACACCCGCGCCCCCAACUAUGUCACUGAGAAGUUCUACAGUGCACUUGAAGCAGGGACUGUGCCGGUGUACUUUGGAGCGCCAGACAUUGCCAGCUUUGCGCCGCCCGAGUCGUUCAUUGACGGGCGGCAGUUUGCCUCCCACCAGGCCCUGGUGGAUCACAUCAAUCGUCUCCACAGUGACCCGGUUUCAUACAUGCAAUACCAUGCUUGGCGCUUCUUGUGCCCGCCACCCGCAGCCAGCUAUCCCCUCCCUCCGCUCCACCACCCAUAG